UCUCUCUCUCUCGAGGAGAUGAGAGUCGAUGGGAUAAGCAGCCGGAGGAACUUUUCACCUAAAUAUCAUCCAUGUCGACCGUCAUGUUCCGUCACGAAACCUCCGCAACGUCCCUCUUCGAUGCUCUUGUCCCAGCGGCAACUCAAGAUGUCCUCCAACAGAGGAUUUCCUUCGUUUAUCAGACUCCCACGGCCUACUCCUUCUACAGCUGCUGCUGCUUCUGAUGGCCUCGGCGCUAGUUAUCCAUCAUCCGUUUCCUCCGGUUCCUAUUCGAUAUAUGCUGAUCCCCUCGGUGGUGAUUCUCGACCACCGCCUUUACACUUUUCUCUUGCUACUGACUCUCAGUUGAAAUACGAUGUAUUCCUCAGUUUCCGAGGACCAGAUUCCCGUGAGAAUUUCGUUAGCCACCUCUACGACGAUCUGUGUCGAGAGGGAAUAGAAACUUUUGUAGACAGUGAAAAGCUUGAUGCAGGGGAGGAGAUUGAGCCGGCUUUGUUGGAUGCCAUCGAACGGUCGAGGAUCUCGGUAGUCGUGUUUACCAAGGAAUACGCUUCUUCCAAGUGGUGUUUGAGAGAGCUUGCAAAGAUCAUGGAGUGUAGGAGGACCCGAGGCCAUAUAGUUUUGCCUGUCUUUCUUGGUGUAGAACCCAUGGAGGUCAGGUGGCAAAGGGGCAGCUACAGUGUGGCCUUUUCUAGGCAUGAUAAGGCUCCCGAGGGAUCACAACUAGCUGAGGAAGUAAAAGAAUGGAGAAAAGCCAUGAGAGAGGCAGCCAAUAUCUCCGGAUUUGAUUCUAGUACACUGAGGCCUGCAUCUAAACUUGUGGAUGAAAUUGUUGCACAUGUUUUGAAGAACCUAGAAAACAUUAGCUUGAGUGAAGACGAGGGCUUGGUGGGAGCUUAUUCUCAAGUAAAGGAAGUGGAAGCGUGGUUGGGACAUGGAUUACAUGAAGUGCGGACUAUAGGGAUAUGUGGAAUUGGUGGUAGUGGGAAGACUGCCAUUGCUGGAGCUGUUUUCAACCGUCAAUACCAAAUGUUCGAUAGCUACUGCUUCCUUGCAAACGUUAGAGAACAAUCUAAAAAGCAUGGACUUCACGCUUUGAGAAACGAGCUUCUUUGUCGAAUUCUUGGUCAGACUGAUAUAAACAUUGCUACUCCUGAAAUUGGAUCCAGCAGUAUAAAGAACCGUCUACGUCGAAAAAGAGUACUUAUAGUUCUCGACGAUGUAAGCAGCAUAACUCAACUGGAGUUUUUGAUCAGCAAAACUACUUACUAUGCCCCUGGAAGUAGGAUCAUUGUUACAACAAGAGACAUGAAUGUAAUCAAGAACGCUGACGAGAUAUAUUCUUUGAAGGGACUAUCUGACAGUGAUUCGCUUGAACUGUUUUCACAAUGCGCCUUCAAACAGAGCUAUCCGCCUGAAGAAUAUUUGAAAUUGUCAAUGAGAGCAGCUGGUUAUGCAAAGGGGAUCCCUUUGGCUUUGAAAGUUCUUGGUUCCUUUCUCUGCAAGAAAACUAUGGUAGAGUGGGAAAGUGCAUUGAGAAGACUCAAUAGUUCUCUCGACGAAGAGAUCUUCAAUGUACUCCGAGUAAGUUUUGAUGGACUCAGUGAUGAAGAGAAGACGACGUUUCUUCAUCUUUUGUGUUUCUUCAAUGGGCAUGAACGAAGAUUCAUAACUGAUAUUAUUAAUGGUUGUGGUAUCUCUGCUGAUAUUUGCAUACGUGCACUUGUUGAUAAGUGUAUGAUUACUUUUACUAACGACAGGCUUCAGAUUCAUGACUUGUUACAGAACAUGGGUAGACAAAUGAUAAAAAUAGAGUCACCUCAGGAUCCGAGCAGACGCAGCAGGCUCUGCAGCUUUGAUGAAGUCCACGAAGUGCUAACAGAAAAUACGGGAACUAUAGUAACAGAAGGGAUAUCCCUUGACAUUUCUGAGAAAGAAGAGUUGCAGCUCGAUUGUCAUGCUUUUGAAGAGAUGCGUAAUCUGAAAAUUCUAAGAUUUUCGAACGAGCAUUGUAAUGAAGAUAGCUGCAAAAUCCACCUUCCAAAAGGUCUUCACUAUCUCCCUACUAAACUACGUCUACUUCAUUGGGAAUGUUAUCCUAUAGCAAGUUUGCCACUUAGCUUUGAUCCGGAUAACCUUGUCGAACUUCAUAUGCCCACUAGCAGACUUGAGCGUCUGUGGGAAGGAUCAAAGUCCUUACUUAAUUUGAAAGAGAUUGAUCUUAGCAACUCUCGGUUCUUAAAGGAGUUGCCAGACUUGUCAAAUGCUCCCAAAGUUGAACGUAUUGAUGCCAGAGGAUGUGCAGAGUUAGUAACCAUCCCAAGUCCAAGAAACAAGUUGGAAUCUCUUGAGUUCUUGGAUCUCUCUGGUUGCUCAAAGCUAAAAGAUUUUCCAGAGAUUUCUUGGAAUAUUAGAAGAUUGUGUUUGGCUGAUACUGGGAUUCUAGAGAUUCCUCCAUCAAUUGAGAAUUUCCAUCAGCUUAGUGUCCUAGAUAUGAAACGGUGCAAAAUGCUCAAGAACGUUGCACUAAUCAGUAAAAAGUUGGAGAAGCUAGAAUGUUUGGAUCUAUCUGGCUGUUCAAUUGUUACAAGGUUUCCAGAAAUCUCUUACAGUGUGAAAGAGCUUCUUCUAAAUGAGACUUCCAUAGAAGAGAUCCCCUCGGCUAUCAAGUACUUCACAAAAUUAGAGUUACUUGAGUUAAAGAACUGUCUGAGGUUGACAGGUCUUCCAAGCAGUAUUUGUGAGUUACAGUCUCUAGUUGAACUCAAUCUUUCUGGAUGUUCAAACUUUAUUAGCUUUCCUGAAAUCACAGAAACCAUGUACAACCUGAAGUAUCUUUCUUUAAAGGGAACUGCCAUUAGAGAGCUACCUUCAUCACUCGGGAACUUGACUGGCCUUUGUUCUCUAGAUCUUGAGAAUUGCAGCAACCUCAUUAGCCUUCCAGAUAGCUUACUCAAGUUAAAGUCACUUGAGGAACUUAAUAUCUCUGGUUGCUCAAAUUUGGUCAGCUUGCCAGGACGUAUUGGAAAUCUCGGAUCUUUAGUUACUGUCAGAGCAAGUGGAUGCAGAAGUGAAGUUGUUGAUUUUCUAGAAGGUGGUUCAAGCUCACUCAAAAUCUUGGAUUUAAGUGACUGUGGGAUGACAGAGUUUCCUGAAGCUUUAACACUCUUAUCUACAGUGACAGAGCUAGACCUGAGUCAAAACUGUUUCAGCACAAUACCUGCAAGCAUCAAGGAUCUUCAAGAUCUCCAAACUCUCGAUUUAAGCCAUUGCCACGAGCUUGAAUCUUUGUUAGGGGUACCAACUGGUCUGACAAGGCUUAACGUAAUCAACUCAAGAUCGCUGGAAACUGUUGCACUCAGUAACUCUUCUGAGCUUCAGCUUUAUCCUUUGAACAAUGUGGAAGCCUUUGUGUUUGCUGGUUGUCCAUCACUAAGCCAACAUGCGACAGACAACAUCAAGACUUAUGCAAAACGCAGAAUCCAUGUCAUGGCAUCCCAUCUAGGUCUUACCUUAAACUUCAAAAGUGAUGACCUGUCUCUCAACAGAUGGAUGAAACCUCAACAAGUGCAGUAUUUGCUCUCUACCAUGUACGGAUAUGGGAACCUCCAUGAAGCACUGAUCGGACUACAUACAGCCUUUUUCAGUGAUGAAAUGAUAUUAGUCGAGCCUCCUCCUAGGCUACUUGGUCGCAUACUCCAUGAUUUCCAUGAAAGGUAUAAGCUAGAUGUUCAAGGUCUGCUACAUUUCUUCUCCUUGAUCGCACAUCUAUAUCUGUAUUACCAAGGAAAGCCUUCAACUAAUUUCUGCUUACCAGGAGAUAAUAUUCCUGAAUGGUUUUGCCACCAAAGCAAUGAGUCAUGUGUUGAGGUAAUGCUUGAGCAUCCCAAACAUUCAAAUGAGAGUGCUACUUUGGCAGGUUUUGCUAUAUCGGUUCUUGUUGCGUUUCAAGACUAUAAUGAUGAUAAGGGUAUCAGCAUCAAAUAUGAGUGUCAGUUCCAUUUCAACUAUAUUGGCACUUAUGAAGGAUCAGGAUAUUUGAGGGGAUGGGAUGGGAAAAAGGGAAAGCCAUUGUCUAUUGAAGGGGAUCAUUUGUUCAUGGGAUUCGAUUCUUCUAUUCUCUUUGAUGCAGCCAAUGGAAUCGAACAGUUUGUUAAAUAUUCUGAAGAUCUUGUUAAAGCCAGUUUUCAAUGUUAUGUUAUUGAUGAGGAUGGGAAUCCUAUUAAUUCUUGCACGGUAAAAAAGUGUGCAAUCCAACCACUNCUCGAUUUAAGCCAUUGCCACGAGCUUGAAUCUUUGUUAGGGGUACCAACUGGUCUGACAAGGCUUAACGUAAUCAACUCAAGAUCGCUGGAAACUGUUGCACUCAGUAACUCUUCUGAGCUUCAGCUUUAUCCUUUGAACAAUGUGGAAGCCUUUGUGUUUGCUGGUUGUCCAUCACUAAGCCAACAUGCGACAGACAACAUCAAGACUUAUGCAAAACGCAGAAUCCAUGUCAUGGCAUCCCAUCUAGGUCUUACCUUAAACUUCAAAAGUGAUGACCUGUCUCUCAACAGAUGGAUGAAACCUCAACAAGUGCAGUAUUUGCUCUCUACCAUGUACGGAUAUGGGAACCUCCAUGAAGCACUGAUCGGACUACAUACAGCCUUUUUCAGUGAUGAAAUGAUAUUAGUCGAGCCUCCUCCUAGGCUACUUGGUCGCAUACUCCAUGAUUUCCAUGAAAGGUAUAAGCUAGAUGUUCAAGGUCUGCUACAUUUCUUCUCCUUGAUCGCACAUCUAUAUCUGUAUUACCAAGGAAAGCCUUCAACUAAUUUCUGCUUACCAGGAGAUAAUAUUCCUGAAUGGUUUUGCCACCAAAGCAAUGAGUCAUGUGUUGAGGUAAUGCUUGAGCAUCCCAAACAUUCAAAUGAGAGUGCUACUUUGGCAGGUUUUGCUAUAUCGGUUCUUGUUGCGUUUCAAGACUAUAAUGAUGAUAAGGGUAUCAGCAUCAAAUAUGAGUGUCAGUUCCAUUUCAACUAUAUUGGCACUUAUGAAGGAUCAGGAUAUUUGAGGGGAUGGGAUGGGAAAAAGGGAAAGCCAUUGUCUAUUGAAGGGGAUCAUUUGUUCAUGGGAUUCGAUUCUUCUAUUCUCUUUGAUGCAGCCAAUGGAAUCGAACAGUUUGUUAAAUAUUCUGAAGAUCUUGUUAAAGCCAGUUUUCAAUGUUAUGUUAUUGAUGAGGAUGGGAAUCCUAUUAAUUCUUGCACGGUAAAAAAGUGUGCAAUCCAACCACUCUAUACAUGUGACCUGACCAAGUCUCCAAAGGAAAUCUUAAGCAUACAAGACAUAACCAAAGGACUGACCACAAGUUUUACAGGGUUUCUUGAGAAGGUGUUGAGAGAUUUGGACUUAUAUGGUGCAAUCUCAUUAGGUAUCAUGAAUGUUCUUGGUAACUUAUCUGUGGAUGUUUUCCAUCAGGGAGGAUAUGUUUAUAUCAUCAUAAAAUGUGAAAAUGGAGGCCUACCUUUAGGCCUUCAAGUUUUGAAUUUGCAUCUUGGGACAGCACCACUUGCAGUCAAGCUGAUCCAAAUGGCCAAACAAUCUCAAGAUUCAAGGGCAUUCUCAAUUGAGUUCUCGAAUGUGGACGGUGGAGACUUUGGUUGCAGAAUCAAAGUUAAGAAAUGCGAGUUCCGUCCAUUGCAGAGCCAUAUCAUGCUAAUUGACAGAUAUGCUAUUACUUAAGUUUAAAAGGAACCAAAUUGCUGGAUGGAGAUGUGACAUAUGUUUGUGAUGCAUGGAUACUGAAUCAAUAUCUCCUUCAUCACCAUCAAGGUUAUAAAAGGUUCGACAAGUUUCUUCUUAAUCAAAGUGUUCAUUUAUAUUUUUGGAUGAGGCAUCCAUAUAAAACAUUCAAAUGCAGGAUCUAGACUCAACGCUGAGAUGAUAUUUUUUUGUUUCUAAACUCAGUUUUUCCUUCUAGAUGUUGUAUUUGGAUACAAUUUUGAUGGUUUAUGAGGUUGUAUAAAUACACUUUAUGCAAUUUAUCCCAAAA